UUUCCGCGUCCGAACAGCAAACGGCUUUUGUUUUUUUGGUACCAUGGACACAAAUUGCUCAAGUGGAACAUCCCAAAUUAGUCCAGAGGAGAUUCCUAGAAAGCGGUAUAGAUCCAACAGCGGACGUUUGGCGUUUGACGUUUGUUUAAAUAAGGAACGAUGCAAUGAAGAGACAGAAGAGAGUUCCCAGGAAGAUAUUAUUCAUACAAAGCGCAAGUCUAGGCAAGUUAUUUAUGACACGGAGGAAAGCAGCUCUGAUAGUGAGUGUGACAGAACCCAGGAAAGUAAUAGUGACCUAUCGGACGGCUGUAAUAGAAUGCAAGAAACAUGUUGUGAGUACAGUUCCAAUACUAAGGAAGAAAACACUUGCAUGAAGAGCUCUGAAGAAGAUAUUAUUCCAAUAAAAUAUAAACGUGUGAAUGUUACGCAUGACACCGAAUCUGACGAUGAAGAACAAUUUGACAAAAUGAAGCAGACCGGCCUGAGAAUGAAUAUAUACGACACUGGUGAGAAAUAUGUUGGAGAGAAGACAGUUAGUUUGGAAAGUGAACUUUCCAAUACAGUUACAACAGAUAACAAUGCUUGUGCAGCUGAAAACAAAAUUAAGACUGAGCAAAACACAAAGGAGACCACUGAUGAAAUUAAUAGCUCUCAGGAGGAUGAAAAAAUGUUUGUGAGGCGUAAACGCUGUAGAAGAUUAACUAUAACAGACAGCGAAUCAAGCAGUUUAGACAAAGAAGAUAUAACUACUACUGCCUUUGAUGGAAAUGACAAUGUUGAUUUCGAUGAUGAUGGUGUUGAAGAACAUAAUGAAAAUCAGGAGAAUAGUGAAGAGAACAGCCAAGAGUCACUGUUUGAGGACGACUUUCUCACUGAUGGAGGCAGCUCUCAAGAGAAUUUACAGCGUGCCGAGGUCCGAGAAUUAUUGUCACAGAAUGGAGUUCCAGUUUACCUUGGCUUUGAAGCUCAUUUUCACAGAGUUGUUCAAGCAUUAAUAACUGACGCAGUUAAAGGCAAUUUCCUUGCACAAGUCUUGUAUGGAAGAGGAAAUAAAGACAAAUCUGCAAAAGAGAUGCUUGCUUCUUUGGAUUACCUUGAUAAAUGUGUCGAGCCACAACUCUGUGCAUUGAGACCAGGAUACAGUUGGCAAACCCAAUACACAAACUAUCUGGAUGCUUAUUCCUGCCUUGAUUUUAAUGAGCAAGGAGCCAUUGAAAUGAAAUGCCAGGCAUGUUCGAAGAACCGUAUGUGCAAAUAUAAAAUAACCUUAUCGGGGUCAGAUUAUGAUAAGAAAACAUUAAAACGGGAUAUAUUUCUGGAUGAUGAACGGGUUGUGCAGGUCGGAUGUCUGUGUGCAGAAAAGACUCGAUUAUACCACCAACUUCGGCAUUUUAAAUACAAUUUACAUCAGGACUGCAUUUCUGUUGUACAGCACUACCCUGCUAAUAAUGAAGCAGAUGACAGAAUAAAACAUAUUCUUGCACAGCUAGAUAAAGGCUGGAUCCAAGAGCAAAGAAACCAGCUUUCAGAUCUGAUUGAGAAUGCAGCUAAUUUCUGGGAAAAGGCACAGAAAAUGAUUGAGGAGAUGCGAUCAGUUUGGGGAUAAUGGUCAAAAAUGUGUGUUAAUCACGCUUGUGCUGAAAAUCUUUUGAUUCUUUGUUUUUGUCAUUAAUUAGGAUAUGCUUAUCCACCACAUUAUAAAACUAUACA